UCAUCCUCCUCCUCCUCCUCCUCGGCAUGUACACCACCACCAUCCUCAUCAUCCUCCUCCUCCUCGUCCUCAGCAUGUACACAAUCCUCCUCCUCCUCCUCCUCCUCCUCCUCCUCCUCC